AUGGCUGACGAUGAUUGUAAGUUGUUUGUGGAUGAUAUUGUAGUAGUCUGUAACGGGCAUAGAAAGCGCAGAGGACUGAAUUUUGAAUAAGCCUAGGUUUACGUGGAGAGGACGUAUAGCCAAAGAACCUUGAUAUUAAGAAGUCUUUUUAGUAUACGAAUGUUGCCUCGUGUUAAUUAUAUUGUCUUUCGGCUUUCACAUGCAUUUUGCAACACUUCCUUUCCGAUACAUCAUUCCAUAAAUGAGUUUUCUUCGAUCUUUGCCUUUAAGACGCAUCUCAACCGGCCGCAUUGUUCUUUAAUUCCUUAAAUGAUUCGGCUCUGUACUUCCGGCCAAACCCGAAAAAUGCCGAAGUGCAUCUCAAAAAACGUAGUCGUAUUCAAAGAAUUGAAAUUCUCGGUUUGUUUACGGGUUGGCUUCAGCUAGCUUUAGAACCGACUUGCUAAUAACAAUACUGCAUAAGGGAUUGCUGUUUGUUGGAUGUCAGAACAGGGUGUAAACAGGAGAUUGGGAACAACAGAAUUCUGAAUAGUAGAGUUGAUUUCAUUACUUUAUAUUGAGCAGAAAGAUUACCAAAAAUGCGUCAAUUUCGCAGGGUUUUUACUAAGUGUAAAUCAUUCCAGAUAUCUGCGCCAAAUGCUCGAGCCCGAUCGUCGCUGACACCCCCGGAGUGACAGCGUUGGGAAAACCUUAUCAUGUCAACUGUUUUUCGUGUGAUGCUUGUCAGAAACAACUUGCCGGUUGCUCCUUCUACAAUGUCGAUGGGAAGAAUCUGUGUCAAGUUGAUUACAUGGUACGAUCAGACUUAUAUUAUUCUUCUUAGCGCUUAUUACUCUCCAUGAGGCGUUCCUUUUGCAACACAAAGAAUGCAUCAGAAAUUAAGCAUCAAUUUUCUAAAGCAAAAGGACUUCAACAUUUUAUAUCUCCCAAUAAGAUCGCUCCUCUUGCACGGUGCAAUCGCCUAAAAACGUGGUUUACGUACCAACGUCUCAUAUCCCCCAAGGGCAUUCUAACUCUAAGGCCCUUUGCUGCGGGUCCAUGUUUUAAAAAAGUGUGUUCCAAACUGCCCUCUGGGGAAAUAUUAGGGACGAUACGAACACUUUUAUCUCCACUCGUCGUAUCUGAGAAAGGAAAAAGGGGGCAUUUAAGAGAUGAUUUUGAAUGGGAAAAGUUGGUUACAAGGAAGUGAAAAAAAAACAAAUUUCAAGGUGGUGCUACUCCAAUUAAACCAUAUUAUCCAUGGUUUAUGGCCAUCUUUUCUCCAUAUGAAAUUAUCUGCUCAUAUUUGUAUGAGUCUCUCGUCAAACGGGGCUUAAAGUUUCCCAACAGUUUUUACAGCAAUUUAAAAUUUAUACCCUCCAAAAUUGAAUUCAAUUUUCUCCGUUUUAACGUUUCCGAUUGCCUCCCUCAGGGAAAUUCAUAAAAAUAAAACCGAGCAGACUAAGAGUCAUGUUUGUAGAAGCAAUUUAUGAUAUUCGUUUUUAACGCAAGGUGCGAUUAGACAAUAGCUCACAUGCUUUCAGAAUUCGUUGGAAAAAUGCGAGAAAUGCCAAACCCCGAUUACCCAGAAGAUCCUGCGAGCCCUUGGAAAGCCUUUCCAUCCGGAGUGUUUCGUAUGCCCAAGCUGUCAAAAAUCGCUGGACGGAAUCCCAUUCACCGUGAGCAAGGAGAAUGUGGCGUAUUGUUUGGAUUGCUAUCAUGAGUAAGUCACUUCUGGAAAGAUCGUAAGUCUUUCCAAGUCUUAUGUGUGAUAUAUAACGGGGAGUUAGUGUCUCAGCUCACCAGGUCUGUUUCUAGUUAACUUUUUUCCUUUAAUUUUCUUGUUUUUAAUUAAAAUUUUCAAAUUUAUGCAAGACCUCAAAUUUCAGCCGAUUCUCCCCUCGCUGCGCUGUUUGCCUUAAGGCAAUCGCUCCAUCCGCCAACGAGACCGAAGUGGCGCGUGUGAUCGCCAUGGACAAGAGCUACCAUGUAUCGUGCUACAAGUGCGAGGACUGCGGAAUGCAACUCAACUCGAAAGUGGAAGGCGCUGCGUGCUAUCCAUUGGAGCAACAUCUUUUUUGUAAAAAUUGCAACCUGAACCGUCUGAAGGCCGUCCGCUAA